AUGUGUUAUGUUAUUGGUAUAACUCUUGUUGGUACUCCUUUAAGUAAUCAUAAGCAUAUAGAAUGGCAAAAGGCAAUUCACAAUGGAGGUGUACUUCACAAUGAUAUUCGUAAGGAAAAUAUAUUGCUCAAUGAUCAUAAUUAUGACACUAAGAAAAGAUGGUGGUUAUUUGAUGAAGAGAAACGUAAAUUGAAAAGCUUGCUUGACCAUUAUACUUAUUAG